AUGCCCGGUGCAAUGGUUAAGAUCAUAUUAGAUAAGAUUUAUAAUAAAACUAUACCCAAACCUAUCAUUCUCCGCCUCGAAUAUGAUAUGAAACAUGUUUUUAACUAUCGACCUCAAACUGAUAACUAUCG